UAUAACAGAAAAGUUAUUAUUGUUACAGGGCCAUGUUUUGCUUGCAGAAGAGAGACAGAGAUCUGGAAUGGAGGGGGUGAUCGAUUUAGAUACAAAAAUGGAAGAUUCUAAGCAUCAAGACGUUGAAAUAGAAGAAGCCCAAGUCGAAAGCAGCUGCUCAGAGGCCCAAUUAUUACCCAAAGAUGAGACUGUUUUGGAGCUUCUUGAUUCCAUUAACAAUUAUCUUCUUCUCAUGGAUUCCUUGUCCUCCAAACUCCGUGAUGGAUGGUUUGAACUGGCAGGUGCUAGACAGUCGAUGGGUUCUUCACGUGUGAGCAGUGCGUUGUUUGACCUCAAGUACCACCAUGCUGCAACAUUAAUGGAAGUAGAUCAUGGUGAUGCUGACUCCAAUCUGAAGCAACCACAUUUUACCUUACACAAAUGGCUAUCAACUGAUAAUCAAGAAUUUAGCCCCGAGGGAGGAAAAUUUGAGGAAGAUGAGUUGUUACAGCGGAAAUCUAGCAGUCCUCAUAGUACUGAAGAACAUCAGGAGAAACGGUCGGAAAAUGGACCAGAAGUUCUUUCAUCACCGAGUUCUCCAUAUACGCCCAACAGCAAUAUUAAAAAAGAGCGAGCAAAAUCGCUGUCAAUGUUUGGAACUCUUGUGUCUCCUAAGUUGAGGGAUGCCCAACUUUCGUUUGAGACAGUUUUGGAGACUCUUCAAGAAGUAGCAAAUGUGCGAUCAUCAAUGUUGGCAGCUUAUGAGCAAGUGCUUAAAGAGAUUGAAAUUUCCAAAAUAUGAUGGGCAUGUGCAAUCCUGAUGACAGGGUUGAUUAGAACCAAUAAUUAUUACGAAGUUGUGUUUGUGGGAUAAUUCCUAUUUCCAGAAAUCAAUAGGUAUAGAAGUUUUACUGGUUUAGUUCAUUAUAUUGUAUUUUCUUGCAGUGUGCGAGUAGCUGCCUUCUUAUCCGUUCACCGUGUUUUAUGAAAUUGUACGAAUAUUUUAGUGCCCAUUCAUAGAGUGCGCUUUUGCAUUUCUUUUUUAGCUUUA